GCCCCUCUUGCAACGGUCGCAGUAGUGAGUUGGAUUAUGGCGUGUCGUGUGGAUUAAGCCUCGGGAUAGCCGGCAACUGCCUUUUUAUACACAAAUUAUUAAUUUUAUUUAGUUUCGAACUCUCAGUUUUGUGUUCUUCGAGUGUUAUUGCAAGCAGCAAUAUAGUCGUGCUUCGUAACAACAUUCGUUGAGCCACAUUUUGCAACCAAUUCUUAUUUUCAUGUGCAAGAAAUCACCAAACACCAUGUCAACCGAACGUCAUACAGUGCUUUAACAAAAGGAUACAAGUGUAUAUAUCAAUAUAAUCCAAUAAUGUAUAUUGUAUGAAAUCGUCAUUUACUAGGAAUAAUAUUAAAUUCUUCUUCUUUUCCAAAUCUACGUUGAUUACUACUACUAGGAGUGAAGUGAAUGAGUGAUAUUAGUGUAAUAGUUUCAAAAUUGCUGUAAGUUACAGUUUUUGGAUUAUUAUAGUGUGUUAAUCUGGGCGUUAUUUGUGAAGAGGAUUUCAAAAUGAAUGCGACAGCGCUAAGUCAGCCUACAGUGCGAUCAGAUGCAACGGCCAACACUGCUCUACGGCUGCGAAACAAGGAUUCCGACGAUGCUGACCUUGAACCUCCGCUCAAAAAGGCAGCCACCUGUCUGGGCGGAGAGUCAUCUGUGCCCACCCCCUCUCCCCGCCGCAGUGCUCCUCCGCCUCCCCUCCACCUAGUUCCUCCCACCCCUGAUCUCAGCCGGUGUCCUCCUCCGCCUCCCACCCCGCCAUCGCCUCCUCACUCGUCGUUGAUUGUUGGCAACAAGUACCUGAUUUUGGAUCCCAUCGAAGGCAGCGCCCUGCACUCGUGUGUCAACGUUCACACACAGGAGGAGUUUGUCUGUAAGAUGAUCGGCCGUGACUCGAGUCAGCUUCUCACCGCACACCACCGACUGGACGGCGAGGCACACAUGAACCGCCUGCACGAGGUGCUGCAACUGCCUCACCCCUGCCACCACACACUGCUGGUGUUCGCCGUGAGUCACGGCGACCUGCACAGUCACGUCCGGUGCCGCAAACGGCUGCGGGAACCGGAAGCGAGGCGGCUGUUCCGGCAGAUGGCGACCGCGGUUAGCGCCUGUCAUCGCAAUGGCGUUGUGCUCAGAGAUCUCAAGCUUCGCAAGUUUGUUUUCAGCGAUCCACACAGAACGGAACUAAAGCUGGAAACACUGGAAGAUGCGGUUGUGCUGGAGGACUGUGAGGACGACUGCCUGCGGGACAAGCGCGGAUGUCCGGCUUACGUCAGUCCGGAAAUACUGCGCAGUCACGCCCGAUACUCCGGCCGUGCCGCCGACAUAUGGAGUCUAGGUGUCAUCCUAUACACCAUGCUCGUUGGGAGGUACCCAUUCAACGACAGCGAGCACGCGAGCCUGUUCGCGAAGAUCAGUCGCGGCCAUUUUGUGAUUCCCGACUGCGUGUCGUCACGCGCCAAAUGCCUGAUUCGCAGUCUGCUGCGACGCGACCCGCUCGAGCGGUUGACGGCUGACGACGUGCUCCUGCAUCCGUGGCUGACGCGCGACGAACGCUGCGUCAACGCCGCCGCACAUCACAACGACCAGAUCGUGCCAGAGUGGACGGCAGCUGAAGAGGACGCGUACUAGGUUAGGUUAGGUUGGCGAUAUCUGUCCUGGGAUGUCGUUGGAGUAUGCUAGGUUAUGAUGGCGAUAUCUGUUGCUGGGAUGUCGUUGGUGGCGAUAUCUAUUGCUAGGGAAGAUCCAGACUCCAAUUGUUUUGGUAGUUGCUAUAGAUAGUUCAGUCAUGAGAAAAAGGUCGGGCUGUGAAGAGGUCGUCAGGUUGGCUGCACUGCGGAUAGUGCAAAACAAAGGGUGUCAUAUGUGCGAUCAGCUGAUCCCAGGAGGAUCCCAGAUGUGCGAGAUUUCAGUUUGUCUAGUUCUCAUUGCGAAUACAGUAUCAUACUAUUUUUGUAAUAUGAUACCGUAUUCUUUAUUGAUACUGUAUCCUGAACAAAACAUAUAUAAAUAACAAAUAAUAUAAACAUUUAAAAGCCAAAACCUAACCCUAACCACCUUAACCAUGCCUUUUACCUUCAAAACUCAAUGUAACAGAGCCCCUAAUUGAACAUUCUAAUUUCCAAUGGUGUAGCUGACUAGACUCCGAGCCUGUCUAUCGGUCUGCAACGUAAACGCGAUAAUUGAAUUGAUUUUAUAAAUAAAUAAUUGCCCUUGUUAAGGGCGGAGUUAGAACUCCAGUUACUCUCUGCCACAGACAACCCUUUUCGAUGCUUUGAGAAUGUACAAACUGAACGGCACAGAUCUGAAAUCUCGCUGAUCUGAGACACUCCCAAAAAAAUUGUGCCAGAAACCGGCAUUUUUCUGCCUUAACGCUCCAACCUUUUUCUCGUCACUGAACCAUCUAUACAACAUCGAUUUGUAAGUGUUGGAAUAUCAGUUCAGAGAUACUGGAGAGGAAUAACUUUCUUUACAGGGUGACCUCUUCGGUUUAUUCUAAUGUGAAUGUGCCAGCCACUAGCGUAACGUUUUACUGAACAGGUUUGAAUGAGGUAUAGUAGUACACCCACUAACAUAUAGUGCAGAUUUCAUUGAUUAGCCCAUGAAGGAAAGAUAGGAUGUUCUGUGGUACACCUCUUCGACCAUGUAUAGGAGGUAUAUCAUGUAUAUAUCCUAUAUAUUGUCGAAGGUACACAGGACCUGCAAGAACUCACAACCGCUACCCUGUUUUUAACUUAUUUCCAACAGUCCAAACGAUUGUACUUUUGUCAAAGACGGUAAAUUAUUUUUAAUUCCUCUGUUCAACACAGAGUGACUUUGCCUGCAUGCCUACCUUGGCAGUUUAAUGACUGUUCAGUCGAACCUGCUUGGUGAAACGUUACGUUAGGAUACAAGCGGUGGAUUUCAAAAGAUCUUGAGUCAAACAUUUUCUUAUCAACAGUUUGUUUCAUAAAAAAUAUUGUUCGACUGAAUUACUUUUGGAGAAAUAAGGACUGGUUUAAGGCCAUCAUUAACAUUAAAACUUAAUUGUAUUGGCUUGAUCUUUUUAACAAGAUUGAGUUUAUGUUGGAGACAAGAUGCUUGGUCAUGUUUUGUCAAUAAUCAAACUCCUUCAACUUGAUUCAAAUAACAUAAAAGCACCUAUUGCAUAUGUAUUUAACCAAUAUAUUAGUGUUAUAUACCAAUUAUAUUAUAUUAUUAUUUAAAUAUAUUGGUAAAAAUAAUACUCUCGAAGAGGAAAUUUUUAUUAUUGAAUUUUUAAAAUUUGACAAAAAUAAGGCUCUUUUGGAAUCUGUCUCUUGUGAGGUAGUGCUAGAUAGUUUUUAGAACAGUUUGUGAGAGGCGAUAGAUAUCGCUUGGUUUGAAGAAGAUCUCUGUUGGCGAUCUCUAGGGAAUAGAGUAGUCUAUGUGCAGAUAUCGCCCAGUGUAUGACGAUAAAAUCGCCGGUUAUGUUGUGAGGUAGCUUAAUCCUAUUAGAAGCAUAGCUUCCUCCGUUCCAGUCUACUGAAGGGCUAGUACUCACUUGUUAACAAAAUUGGUUAGAUACAGUGAAGAGGAUUAUAAAAUAAAUGAGAACCCUUCAUUUUUGUCACAAUAUCCUUAGAUAUUUCAGAAUCAUUUCUCUUCAACUUUUUAUAUAAAGUUAUAUGAACAUGAACAGAGUAACAUUUAAUUUUAGUAGUAGCAUUUUUGUAAGCAGUUAACAUAUUUCAUUUUUGUUAUUAGAUUCGAUUUUUAACAAGUGUGUACAAGCAUCAGGAGAACUUAUCUACCCUCUCUCUCAAACCUCACACUAUUUCUAUCCUCUAUCUUCUUAACAACGCCCAAUUAACAUCUACUAUAAAUAAUACCUAUUGUAUUAAAUCAAUAAUAACUUUUAUUAUGCUCUCAUACAUUACAAACGGUCAAAACACAUGCAUGAUUGAUUGUAUAAUACUGUCAAAAAAUUAUAUGAAAGUUGAAUUUCAAAUUAUUGUCUCCCAAAUUACUAUUUUGAUGUGAUUUUACUUUUGUUCAAGCAAUUGAAUUAACUGAAUAAGAGUUGUCGAGUUUAACCAAUAGUUACUUGAUAACUGUUGUUUCAAUUUGACAAAUUAAUUGACAACAUUCAUAAGAAUCGUGCAAUUGAAUAGUUUAAAAUUCAAAUACAUUAUUAGUAUUAUAAUAAUAUCAACCCUGAGCUGGCUCAGGUCUGGUGUCAGUGUUUUCAGGGCGCACCUGAUCAAUUUCAGGGUCUCUGACAUGAACACGGGAAAGGCCCGAGAGAUAUAAAUAUCUUACAUUAGUAUCGGAUUAUAUAUAUAUUUUAAUUUUUCAAUAAACAUCAUUGUGGAAAAAUUUUGAAAAACUAUUCUAACUCAAGUUUACAUUUCAUCUCAAUCAGUUUGUUACAUUGAAACAUUUUUUAAAUUAGAAAAAGUUGUCAAAUUUAUACUCAUAAUCAUCUGUAGUGCAGUUAUAAUGCAUUUCUAAUAGAGUAUUGAUUGGAGAUACAUAUCACUCUAAAAUUUCUACUCCAAUUAGGUCAACAAUAAUAUUGUUAGUAGAUGAAUAAAAUCAUUGAAUGUAAAUAAUCCAUAACUAUUUGGCGAGGUGGAACCUUUUCUUAGAGUCUCUCCACCUAUAAAAAGUAGUAAGAUUUUUCAUAUUCUCAGGUAAAUCUUUAGUAUGGUCAUAAAUUGAUUUGAUUCCUUGAUUGUUAGAAUUUUGAAAACAUUGGAACAUUAGAUCUUCCAACCCCAAAUUUUUAUCUUCAAUUUCACGUGUGUUGUUUUGAUUUUGAGUGUGUGCGUGUCUCAUGUAAAUCUGUUGUUUGUAAUGUUUUCAUCCACUGUAUUAUUGUGCGAUACCACAGCCAUCUCAAGUUGAACUGUCGGCAUUAUUGUGAAACAUUGAUGUUAUUUUGAAAGAAUUCUGCAGUACAAAGUGAGAUGAACUCACUAUAACUAGAACCUUGACCCAAUAUUACAGAGUUGCAAUUUGGUUUGGUUUAACAUCCUACUUGAGAUUGCUGUGGUAGAAUACAAUCGUUUUUCAAGCAUCAGUUUUUAUUGUAAUCUAAUUAUUAGUGAAACCAAUUUUCUCUCACAAUAUUGUUCAAACAUGUAAGAGCUGUGAUCAUUUAGGAAAAUGUCAUGUUUCUAAUAUAAAUAGGCGAUUAUUUAUUCUAUGAUAGAAAUAUAUUAGCACAGUGUUUAACUGCAGUAGUGUUACAUUUUUAAUUUAUGUAUUAGAUGUGGUUUAUUGAUUUGAAUAAUUUUGUGAUCGUAAUGUAGAUUAAUUAAUACGUAAUUGCCAUUUGUAAACUAUAGAUUCUUUUCAAAAAUUUAUCAACUUUAAAAAAUUCUAAAACUUUUCUCAUUCCAAAACUUAACUGUUCUCAUUUCUCAGCUAUUUUUCAAUAUCUCUAAUAUUUGUCUCGUUAGUUUAAUAGAUAUAUUAUAAUAAUUGUUAUAUAGCCUUACAGUAAAACAUAUGAGUAGAUUUUGCUGUGAAAUAGUUCUCAUAAUGUUGUAAGCUUGAUAUAUUAUUGUUACUCAUUUUCUAUGAAAAUGGCCGUUUAUAUAAUCUGUAAGUGAUCAGAUUGUAAGUUUAUUUAAUUCGUUUGUUUGACACAGUUUAAGUAGCGGUUUCUGGUAUUUUGUUAGGGAAAUGUGUGGUUCUUUGAGUGAAAAUAUCGAGCUCAAACGUCGUGAAAAUCUGGAGAAAAAUACCUUUUUGAAGUAUUAUUUACUCCGUCUAAUUUUGAAAAAUUGUUAGGGUGUUAGAAUAAUUCUAAAUUAUCUAUUAUUCGAUAAUAGUGUAAGCAGAUGUCAAGUAAAUUCUGAAAUGUGUUCAAAAACUGCUUGAAUAUUGUUCUGAGCUUGUAUGAAAACUUUUAAACAUAAAUUUAAUUCCAGAUGAAACAUAAAUUCAAAUGUAGUUCAUAAAAUCUGCUUGAAACUCUCUCUCUGUAUAUAAAAUUAUGUAUUUGAUAGAUUUCAUGUACCCGAGUAGACGUGUCUAUUGUAUAACACAUUUUUCCAAAUUCAAUUAUUUUUGAUUUUGCAUACUUCGUGUUUUUCUAUAGUUGACAGUUAUUUCACCUGGUAUUCUAGGUGCUUUUUCCAAAAUGUUGUGAAGUUUUUUUUUUAUAAAAACACAAAAUUUGAUAUAUUUAUAAUAUCAAUGACAAUAUUAAAUGCAAGAUUUGAAAAAAUACGUAUCAAAUCAUCGAUUUUUAUUGUUGAAAAACAAUUGAUUUGUUGAAAAACAAUUCAUUUUGAUGAACAAAAUAUUGAUCAUAUAUUUAAUUCGAUUCAAAAGUGAUAGUGAAACUUCUUGUUCUGACAUUUUGAAUGUGUAUGGUGAAUUAGUAUAUUAUUCCUAGUAAAAAACAUGUACAUUAUAAAUAUUGGAAAUUGGUCAGUAGAGAAAAGGCUUUUUAUUUUGAAGCAUUGUUUAUAAGACUGAGGCUAAGAAAUGUGUAAACUGACGGCAAGUACAAAUUUGGUAACAAAAAUUUAAAAAUUUAUUACAGAUCAAUUGGAACAACCGGUCAUCAAAAGAUCAAAUUCAUUCAAGGUAGUUUCAGUGUGCAUACUAUAAAAAUAUCAUUGUUGCUUUUAAGAUGAAAAAUUUUAUUUCAUUUAAAAAAAAUUGUACUUGCCGAUUAGUUUGAGGACAAAGGAUGUCAUCAGGCAAUGCCCGCCCACACGACUGAAUGUAAAUAAAUAUUUCUAAUUGUAUUUUUAAAAUAUACGAAUACAUUAUGUAUAUAGUAGACAACUCGAUGUGGAUAUGAACUUAUAUGUUGUUUAGUUUAGACUAUUCGUUAGGCAAUUAAAAGUAUUGAUGGUAAUAAAA